UUAGGAAUAAAAUCCGCUAAAGAUUUCGAAUGGAUGAAACAGUUUCGAUUUUACUUCGAAGCUGACGAUGAUCAAAUAGUGAUUUCAAUCACGGAUGUCAAAUUUAUUUACCAAAACGAAUUUCUAGGCUGCUCUGAGAGACUAGUUAUUACACCUCUCACUGACAGGUGUUAUAUUACUCUAGCUCAAGCCCUCCAAAUGAAUAUGGGAGGAGCUCCAACGGGUCCAGCUGGAACAGGAAAAACUGAAACGACGAAAGACAUGGGCAAGACAUUGGGAAAAUAUGUUGUUGUGUUUAACUGUUCCGAUCAGAUGGAUUACAAAGGUUUAGGCAGAAUCUACAAAGGCCUUGCCCAGUCUGGUUCUUGGGGUUGCUUCGAUGAAUUCAACAGAAUUGAUCUUCCAGUUCUAUCGGUAGCAGCUCAGCAGAUAUCAAUAGUGCUAACAUGCAAAAAGGAAAGAAAAGAAACUUUUGUAUUCAGUGACGGUGACGUUAUUCGUAUGAAUCCUGAAUUUGGGAUAUUCCUCACCAUGAAUCCUGGUUAUGCUGGCCGGCAAGAACUUCCAGAAAAUCUGAAAAUACAAUUUCGUACUGUAGCUAUGAUGGUUCCGGACAGACAAAUAAUAAUAAGAGUGAAAUUGGCAAGCUGCGGGUUUUUGGAAAAUAUAACUCUGGCAAGAAAAUUUUACACAUUGUAUAAACUGUGUGAAGAACAGCUGUCGAAACAAGUUCAUUAUGAUUUUGGACUCAGGAAUAUUCUGUCUGUUCUAAGGACACUUGGUGCAACAAAACGUUCCAACUCCACUGAUUCCGAAAGUGCUAUUGUAAUGCGAGUACUAAAAGACAUGAAUUUAUCGAAACUGAUCGAUGAGAAUGAGCCACUAUUUUUGUCCUUAUUAAACGACCUCUUUCCCGGCAUUCGUGAUCAUAAGAAACAGAAUUCUGAACUAGAGGAAGCGAUAGAGAAGCAGGUGAAAGAAAGUAGCCUCGUUGCCUAUCCAGCAUGGAAGGAGAAACUUAUGCAGUUACAUGAGACUCAGCUUGUUCGACAUGGCAUUAUGACACUUGGGCCUGCUGGAGCUGGUAAAACAAGCUGCAUAAGAGGUUUAAUGGGGGCUCUUAGUUCCUUGGGAAUGCCUCAUAAAGAGAUGAGAAUGAAUCCUAAAGCUAUCACUGCUCCACAGAUGUUUGGACGACUUGAUGUUGCCACAGAUGACUGGACAGAUGGAAUAUUUUCUGCUCUUUGGAGGAAAACUCUAAAAACGAAGAAAGGCGAGUUCGUAUGGUUAGUCUUAGACGGCCCUGUAGAUGCCAUUUGGAUUGAAAAUUUAAAUUCUGUUCUUGAUGACAACAAAACUUUGACUCUUGCUAACGGUGAUCGUAUUCCUAUGUCACCAAACUGUAAGGUGAUGUUUGAAGUCCAUAACUUAGAAAAUGCGUCACAUGCUACAGUCUCUAGGAAUGGUAUGGUAUACAUGAGUUCUUCCUGUUUGCCAUGGAAGCCCAUUUUAACGGCGUGGCUAAAUGAACAGCCGAAACUGAUAUCGAGAGCUAUGAAUCAGUUAUUUGAUCGUUCAUUUGAGUCCAUUUUCACCUGGUCUGUUGAAAAUUUAGUUUUCCGUAUGAAGAUUUUGCAGUGCAUGAUUAUAACUCAGAUGAUCAAAUUGUUAAACGGUUUAUUACCAAAAGAAGAGAAAGAUCUCAACCUCCUGGCCAACAUCCUGCAAAGGAAUUACGUGUUCAGCUUGAUGUGGAGUAUUGGAGCUUUCUUAGAAAUUCCUGAUCGUAUAAAAUUUGAGCAACACCUGUAUAAUAACAGAGAUUACGGUCUAGAGCUUCCUUUGAUGGAGGAUCCAUCGGAUUCUAUAUUCGAUUUCAAUAUUGACAAUCAAGGUAACUGGAGACACUGGAAAGUUCUCGUACCAGAUUAUCAGUUUGACCCUUCUAAUGGAGUGGAGUAUAUUUCUGUAUUGGUACCAAACAUCGACAAUGUUCGGACAGAUUUCCUGAUCAACACUGUCGCAAAACAGGGGGAUCCUGUAUUAUUAUUGGGAGAGCCGGGAACAGGCAAAACGAUGAUGCUGAAAGCCUACACCUCUAAGUUGAAUCCGGAGACACAUAUAACAAAGAGUUUAAACUUCUCUUCUGCAACAACUCCUUUCCAUUUUCAGAAAACGAUAGAAAGUUACAUCGAGAAGCGUGCAGGAAAUAUAUAUGGCCCUGCAGCUGGUAAAAAACUGACUAUUAUUAUUGAUGACAUAAACAUGCCCCUCAUAAAUGCAUGGGACGAUCAGAUUACCAACGAAAUUGUUCGUCAGACAAUAGAAAUGGCUGGAUUUUACUGCUUGGAACGUCCUGGAGAGUUUCUGAAACUAGCUGACAUUCAUUAUCUGGCCGCUAUGUGCCAACCUGGUGGUGGAAGAAAUGAGAUACCAGAAAGACUAAAGCGCCAUUUUGCCAUUUUCAAUUGUACUCUUCCAACAGAUAUCUCCAUUGACAGAAUAUUUGGCAAUAUCGUAAGUGGAGCAUUUUCUGAAAAGCAAGGUUUCAUACCUGAAGUUUGCAGCUUAGCUGAGAAACUCGUGCCACUCACCAGGAAAGUCUGGCACUUAACAAAACUGACAAUGCUUCCAACACCAGCUAAAUUCCAUUAUGUUUUCAAUUUGAGAGAGCUGUCUCGUAUUUGGCAAGGCAUGAUCUCAGCUACACCCUCCGUUCUGUGCAACCAAGAAACACUGAUUUCUUUGUGGAAACACGAGUGCUGUCGAAUUAUUGCGGACAGAUUCAUUCAGCAGCAAGAUUACAAAUGGUUUGAAGCUACUUUGGCAAAACUAGCCGCAGAAGAAAAUAUCGACAUCAAUGAUAAUGAAGAUAUAUGCUAUUUUGUUGACUUUCUCAGAGAUACCCCUGAAGUUACAACCGAAGAUGAAGCUGAAGUGGAAACACCAAAGAUAUAUGAACCUGUGCGAUCGUUGGAGACGCUACAAGAAAGGUUGACUUUCCUAUUGAGUCUCUACAAUGAAGUGGCUCGUACAGGGCAUUUAGAUAUAGUAUUUUUUAAGGAUGCUGUUUCUCAUCUCACAAGGAUUUCAAGAAUAAUAAGAUGCCCUGGCGGUCAUGCUUUGUUGAUUGGUGUGGGUGGAUCUGGCAAACAAUCCUUGACAAAAUUGGCUGCAUUUAUUGCUCAUUACAAUAUACAGCAAAUUAAUUUGACCAGGAAUUACAAUGCAACGAAUUUCUUAGAAGAUCUCAAGGUUUUGUAUCGUACUACGGGUAUUCAGGAUAAAGGAACAACUUUUAUUUUUACUGACCAAGCGUUGAAAGAUGAAUGCUUUUUGGAGUAUUUGAAUAAUGUUUUGACAUGUGGAGUGGUAUCAAAUCUUUUUAACCGGGAUGAGAAGCUGGAUAUUAUAACGGAACUGACUCCUAUGAUGAAGCGAGAACAACCUCGCAGGCCCCCGACUCCAGAAAAUGUGAUGGACUAUUUUCUGUAUAGGACUCGGAAAAACCUGCACGUUGUAUUAUGUUUCUCACCAGUGGGAGAAACAUUACGGGCUCGAGCUUUGAAGUUCCCUGGAAUAGUAUCUGGAUGUACUGUGGACUGGUUUCAACCGUGGCCGAAAGAGGCGUUGAUUUCGGUAUCGAGGCACUUUUUGCGAGACUUUGAUCUUCAAUGUGACGAGACUGCAAAGCAAGAAGUCAUCCACACUAUGUCGGACAUGCACGACCUGGUAGCUGAGCAAUGUGCAGAAUACUACCAAAGAUUUCGCCGCCCUGCACAUGUCACGCCUAAAUCGUUCUUAUCUUUCAUCAAUGGAUAUAAAAAAAUAUACGAAGAGAAAAAUAUAGAGAUCGGGAACACAUGUACUCGCAUGGAAAGUGGAAUUUCGAAGCUAGAAGAAGCAUCUCUUCUGGUCGAACGAAUGAAGGAGACUCUUGCAACAAUGGAAGAGGAACUUGAACUAGCUUCCAAAACAGCAGAACAGGUACUGGCAGAAGUGUCUGUGAGAGCAGAUGCCGCAGAAGUUGUGCGAGACAGCGUAGAAAAAGCCAAAAACGCUGCUCAAGAGAUAGUGAAAGAAAUACAGGUAGACAAAGCGAUUGCCGAGGAGAAGCUAGAAGCUGCCAGGCCAGCUCUCCAAGACGCAGAGGCAGCUCUUAAUACUAUCCAACCUACACACAUUGCCACUGUACGAAAGCUAGGUCGUCCACCAGCCCUCAUAAUGUAUAUCAUGGAUUGUGUGAUGAUCCUCUUUCAAAAACGUCUGCAAACUGUGCAAGUCGAUCCGAUGAGAAAAUUUAUAAAGCCCUCUUGGGAGGAAUCCUUGAAGUUUAUGUCAACAACCGGAUUUUUGCCAGCGCUGCAAAACUUUCCUAAAGAUACUAUUAAUGAUGAAGUAGUGGAAUUAUUAGAACCGUAUCUAAGCAUGAAGGACUACAACAUGGAAACAGCAAAAAGAGUAUGCGGUGAUGUAGCUGGUUUAUUAUCUUGGACAAAAUCCAUGGCCUUCUUCUUUGGAAUCAACAAAGAAGUUUUACCUCUGAAGCAUAAUUUAGCUGUUCAAGAGGCCAGAUUAGCUGUAGCUAUGAAGGAAUUGAAAGCCGUGGAACAGGACUUGGAAGACAAAGAAAAUGAAUUGAAAGAAGUCAAAGCUCAAUAUGAGAAUGCGAUUGCGAACAAAGAGAAACUGGCGGAAGAGGCUGCUGUGUGUCGAAGAAAAAUGUCUAGAGCGUCUAUGUUGAUUACAGAGUUAGCAGGAGAGUAUAAAAGAUGGACGGAUGAAAGUAAACAGUUAAAGGAACAAAUAAAGAGGUUGGUUGGUGAUGUUUUGGUAGCCACAGGAUUUUUGUCGUACGCGGGGCCUUUCAAUCAAGAUUACAGAAUGUCUCUCAUGAAGUCUUGGCGUGCAGAAAUUCUGAAGAGGAAUAUACCAGCAAGUGAAAAAUUCAACACUAUGGAAAUGCUAGUAAAUCCUUCCGUGAUUUCGGAAUGGAAUUUGUGUGGUCUACCGAGUGAUGAAUUGUCGGCACAGAAUGGAAUUUUAGUAACUAAUGCACUCCGCUACCCUCUACUCAUCGAUCCACAAAGUCAAGGAAAAUCCUGGCUGAAAAAUUCAGAAUCCAGAAAUGAUCUACAGGUCACAUCUCUAAAUCAUAAAUAUUUUAGACAGCUGUUGGAAGAAUGUUUGUCAUUGGGUAAGCCUUUGCUUAUUGAAGAUGUUGGUGAAGAAUUAGAUCCAGUUCUAGAAAAUGUCCUUGAAAAGAAUUACAUUAAAAGUGGUUCUACAUUUAAGGUAGUACUUGGUGAAAAAGAGUGUGAUGUUGCUCCUGGAUUUAAGUUAUUCAUGACUACCAAACUCUCUAAUCCAGCUUUCUCGCCAGAAAUCAGCGCCAAAACGUCAGUCAUUGACUUCACUGUGACCGCAAAAGGACUGGAAGAUCAGCUACUGGGAAGGGUUAUGCUGUCGGAGAAGGCAGAGCUGGAAAAUGAGAGAGUUAAAGUGAUGAGCGAAAUUAUUGAAAGUAAAUGCAACAUUAAACAACUGGAGGACAACUUAUUAGACCAUUUAACAAGUGCACAGGGAUCUCUAGUAGACAAUGAGGGGCUUAUAGCUAUUCUUCAAGACACGAAAUCUACCACUCAUCAUGUUUCAACCAAGCUCGGUACAGCUGCUAUUACACAGGCAAAAAUUAACGAAGCACGUGAAGAAUUUCGAUCAAUUGCCGCGAGAGGUAGCAUACUUUAUUUCUUAAUUGUCGAGAUGAGUGUAAUAAAUGCCAUGUACCAAACUUCUCUAAAGCAGUUUCUUGGUCUUUUCGACAUAUCUAUAGCCAGGUAAA